CACUCAGUGGCAAUCCUCUGUAAAUUUAAAAUCAAACCCUGGGCUAUUCCCCCAACUACCCCUCAACCAUAUGCUUCCAUCAUCUUCUCCGUCAAGUCCAGUCGCCUUUACUCUCUCCCUCUUUUAUCUCACUCACUGUCUCUCUCUCUCUCGGUCGGCUAACUUAAGCGGCAUUUCUCCGCUAAAUCUCUGUCGACUGUAUCUCUCUCUGUUCACUUGAUAUCUUUACUCAUAUUUUCUGUUUACCCAUCCAUCUCUCUGUAUACACACACACAUAUAUAUACACACACACACACACACACGCAGAAAGAACUGACAAAACACCUAUACAUAUCUUACAUAUUGGCCCAGUGUGGUAGAAUUGUGUAGAUCUGAGUCAGGCGGCGCCAGAUCGGAGUCCGAGGAGUGGCGCGAUGGAGGAAGCUCUGGAACAGGCCCGAGCAAAGGACACGAAGGAGCGGAUGGCUGCGGUGGAGCGACUGCACGAACUACUCGAAGCUUCUAGGAAGAGUCUGAGUCCGGCCGAGGUGACGUCGCUGGUGGAUUGUUGCAUGGAUCUCCUCAAGGAUAAUAACUUCAGAGUCUCUGCGGGCGGUCUCCAGGCCCUCGCCUCCGCCGCCGUGCUCUCAGGGGAGCACCUUAAGUUGCACUUCAACGCUCUAUUUCCUGCCGUUGUCGAGCGCUUAGGAGACGCCAAACAACCUGUCAGGGAUGCUGCCAGGCGCCUCUUGCUCACUCUUAUGGAGGUUUCUUCACCUACAAUUGUGGUUGAAAGAGCAGGUUCCUAUGCUUGGAUGCACAAAAGCUGGAGAGUCCGUGAAGAGUUUGCGCGCACUGUGACAUCAGCAAUCGGUCUUUUUGCAUCUACUGAGCUUCCCCUCCAGCGGGCUAUUCUUCCUCCUAUUUUACAGAUGUUGAGUGACUCAAAUCAAGCUGUCAGGGAAGCAGCUACAUUGUGCAUUGAGGAGAUGUAUGCGCAGGGAGGGUCUCAGUUCCGCGAUGAACUUCAGCGCCAUCAUCUUCCUGCAUAUAUGGUUAAAGAAAUUAAUGCUAGGCUAGAGAAGAUUGAACCACAGGUUCGAUCAUCUGAUGGACUUGCUGGUAAUUUUGCCAUUGGAGAGAUAAAGUCUGUAAGCACAAACCCCAAGAGAAGUAGUCCAAAGGCCAAGACUUCCACUAGGGAGACUUCUCUUUUUGGAGGUGAAGGUGAUGUGACAGAAAAACCCAUUGAGCCAGUUAAAGUCUACUCGGAAAAGGAACUAGUAAGAGAAAUUGAAAAAAUUGCAUCGACCCUUGUACCCGAAAAGGACUGGCCAAUUCGCAUUGCGGCCAUGCAGAGAGUUGAGGGCCUUGUUUCAGGAGGUGCCGCUGACUACCCUUCUUUCCGGGGACUUCUGAAACAACUUGUUGGUCCACUAAGCACGCAGUUGUCUGACCGAAGAUCUAGCAUUGUGAAGCAGGCUUGUCAUCUUUUAUCCUUUUUAUCAAAGGAGCUUUUGGGUGAUUUCGAGGCGUGUGCUGAGAUGUUCAUUCCCGUCCUUUUCAAGCUGGUUGUGAUUACUGUACUUGUAAUUGCAGAGUCUGCUGAUAACUGCAUAAAAACGAUGUUGCGUAACUGCAAAGUAUCCCGCGUGCUUCCCCGUAUAGCUGAUUGUGCAAAGAAUGACCGAAGUGCCGUGCUCCGUGCCAGAUGUUGUGAAUAUGCAUUAUUGAUACUUGAGCAUUGGGCAGACGCACCAGAAAUACAGAGAUCUGCUGACCUAUACGAAGACCUGAUUAAGUGUUGUGUUGCAGAUGCAAUGAGUGAGGUACGUUCAACUGCAAGAACAUGCUAUAGAAUGUUUGCAAAAACGUGGCCAGAACGUUCACGGCGCUUAUUUUCAUCCUUCGACACUGUUAUUCAAAGGAUUAUAAAUGAAGAAGAUGGGAGUAUGCAUAGGCGACAUGCUUCUCCUUCCCUUCGUGAUAGAAGCUCACAGCUGUCUUUCAACCAGACAUCUGCCUCCUCUAACCUCCCUGGAUAUGGGACUUCUGCUAUAGUUGCAAUGGAUAGAAGUUCAAGCUUACCCUCAGGGACUUCUCUUUCUUCUGGGUUGCUUCUGUCACAGGCCAAGUCCCUUAGUAAAAGUUCUGAACGUAGUCUGGAAAGUGUGUUGCAUGCUAGUAAGCAGAAGGUUACUGCAAUCGAAAGCAUGCUUAGAGGUUUGGAUAUAUCUGAGAAACAGAAUCCUUCAGCUCUUCGAUCAACUAGCUUGGAUCUAGGAGUUGACCCUCCAUCAUCUCGUGAUCCCCCUUUCCCUGCUGCAGUUCCAGCUUCAAAUAAUCUAAGCUCUUUAAUGGCUGAAUCAACUGCCUCUAGUGUUAGUAAAAGUGUUAACCGCAAUGGUGGGCUGAUUUUGUCUGAUAUCAUUACUCAAAUUCAAGCUUCAAAAGAUUCUAGUAAACUAUCUUCUCGCAAUAAUGCAGCAAUGGACUCUCUGCCUACUUUUUCAGCUAAGAGAGUAUCUGAAAGACAAGAAAGAGGUUUGAUUGAGGAGAAUAAUGACACCAGAGAGGCUAGGCGUUUUAUGAAUACCCACGUCGAUAGACAGUAUUUGGACACACCUUAUAGAGAUCUAAACUUGAGGGAUUCACACAACAGUUAUGUUCCCAAUUUUCAGAGACCUCUUUUGAGAAAGCAUGCUGCAGGACGAAUGUCUGCAGGCAGGAGGAGGAGUUUUGACGAUAGCCAGCUAUCUCUAGGGGAAAUGUCAAAUUAUGUUGAUGGUCCAACAUCUCUUCACGAUGCUCUAAGUGAGGGACUCAGUCCAAGUUCUGACUGGUCUGCCAGGGUUGCUGCUUUUAAUUAUCUUCGAUCUUUGUUGCAGCAAGGCCCAAAAGGUGUUCAAGAAGUAAUGCAGAACUUUGAGAAGGUCAUGAAGUUGUUUUUUCAGCACUUGGAUGAUCCCCACCAUAAAGUUGCACAAGCAGCUCUAUCUACACUGGCAGAUAUUAUACCAUCAUGCCGAAAGCCCUUUGAGAGUUAUAUGGAAAGGAUUCUGCCCCAUGUAUUCUCCCGGUUAAUUGAUCCAAAAGAGUUAGUUAGACAACCUUGCUCAACAACCUUGGAAAUUAUUAGCAAAACUUAUAGUACAGAUUCUCUGUUGCCCGCUUUGCUCCGUUCAUUAGAUGAACAGAGAUCACCAAAGGCCAAAUUGGCUGUGAUUGAAUUUGCAAUUAGUUCUUUUAAUAAGCAUUCAAUGAAUACUGAAGGCUAUGGUAACAGCGGCAUCUUGAAGCUAUGGCUUGCUAAGUUGACGCCAUUAGCUCAUGAUAAGAAUACCAAACUGAAGGAAGCAGCUAUUACAUGUAUCAUAUCUGUCUACUCUCACUUUGAUUCAACAGGUGUCCUUAAUUUCAUUCUUAGUUUAUCUGUCGAAGAACAGAAUUCCUUGAGACGGGCCCUUAAACAAUAUACUCCUCGCAUUGAAGUGGACUUAAUGAACUACUUGCAGAACAAGAAAGAGAGACAGCGACUGAAGUCCUCUUUUGACCCAUUUGAUGUUGUUGGAACAUCUUCCGAAGAAGGAUUUGUCGGUGCAUCCAAAAAGAGUAAUUUCUUUGGAAGGUAUUCUGCUGGUUCUGUUGAUAGUGAUGGUGGCAGAAAGUGGGGUUCCACUCAUGAAUCAAGUCUAAUCACAUGUAGUACUGGUCAAGCACUUUCUGACGAUACCCUGGAGAAUGCGUAUCAGAAUCUUGAGACUGGUUCUAAUGCUGAUGUGUCAAAAGGAAAGGAUUUGACAUACUUACUUAGUUCAACAGGUCAGAAUAUGGCAUCCCAUGCUGGUCGUACAGAAAAUUUUAACACUGCCUUAAAGUUGGAGGGUUUGUCUACUCCACGCCUCGACAUCAAUGGUCUAAAGAGCUCUAACCUCCUUGGGAAUGGACAAGAGAAUGAAUUGCCACAUGACUUGGGUCUUAAUGAUCAUAAUCUUUCCCCCAUCAAGGUUAACUCUAUCCCAGAAAGUGGCCCAAGCAUUCCUCAAAUCCUUCACGUGAUUGGCAAUGGGAGUGAUGAAAGCCCUACUGCAAACAAACGUGGUGCGCUUCAGCAAUUAAUUGAAGCUUCUGUGGCUAAUGAUCAUUCAAUCUGGAACAAGUACUUCAAUCAGAUUUUGACAGUUGUACUUGAAGUACUGGAUGAUACUGAUUUGUCCAUUCGGGAACUUGUUAUUUCAUUGAUUAUCGAAAUACUCAAAAACCAGAAAGAUGCCAUGGAAGAUUCUAUUGAGAUAGUAAUUGAGAAGUUGCUUCACGUUACAAAAGAUAUCGUUCCAAAAGUAUCAAAUGAAGCCGAGCAUUGUUUGACUAUUAUUUUGUCUCAGUAUGAUCCAUUCAGAUGUUUGAGUGUUAUUGCCCCCCUGUUGGUCACUGAAGAUGAGAAAACUCUUGUUACUUGCAUAAACUGUUUAACAAAGCUUGUCAGCCGGCUAUCUCAGGAUGAACUAAUGACCCAGUUGCCAUCAUUUUUGCCUGCUCUUUUUGAAGCUUUUGGAAACCAGAGUGCAGAUGUUCGGAAGACUGUUGUUUUCUGCUUGGUGGAUAUCUAUAUCAUGCUGGGGAAGUCAUUUUUGCCAUACUUGGAGGGUCUCAAUAGCACACAGUUACGACUGGUUACAAUUUAUGCUAAUCGGAUCUCACAGGCGAGGACAGGUACCCCUAUAGAUGCUAACCAUGGUUAGCUAGUUCUCUUUCUGAGCAAACUGUGGGUUUUGGGUGUUGGCUUAUCCAUUGUUGUGUAUUUUGUAUAUGUGUGAAUGCAUUUUGAGGGUGGCUUUUCUGUAUUUUUUAUAUGUUUCUAGUUCCAUUUUUUAACACUUGCUUGGUUUGGAGGAAGAGUGUGCUCAGUAGAGAACGAGUAUGUAAGUGGACUUUUGUGCCCCUGUUGUAGAAUUGCUAUGUAUUUAGCUCCUGUCUAUUAUAUUGAGAAAGAAAUAUGGUUUUGGGAUAAAUGCCAGUUGCGUACAAGCAGGAUUUAAAUUCC